AUGCGUCCUUGGCGAAGCGGGAAUUCGAUCUCCUUCGCGGUUUCAAACAUCCAAACAUUAUCGUUGCCUUGGAUUCACAGAGUCGCCAUCGUGUGUGGCACUGGUGCUGGAGGACAUCGCGGGCCGUACUCUGCGUUCGGUUGUGCGCUCCUCCUGUACGGGCCGUCUGGACGAGGUGUGCGCCAUGCGCCUGUUCGCCCAAGCGGCUGCCGGAUUGCGGACCUGCAUGGCAGGAACACGGUUCACCGCGAUCUGAAGCCUGCCAACUGCCUUGUCUCGAAAGAGGGCGUCCUGAAGCUGAUCGACUUCAACAUUGCCGCGAGCACCGAGGAAGGCGAACUCCUGACCCCGACCGGAACGAGGGAGUUCUGCGCCCCAGAGGUCCUGAGCAUGCCGUACGCGUCGCCAGCGGACGUUUGGUCCCUCGGCCUGUGCCUGCACUUCAUGCUGCACGGCCGCAUGCCCUUCGGCGACUGCGACGGCGAACCGACGGCGGCCUCCCUGGCGGCGGCCUCCACCGCCACGGGCUCGGACUGCGCCUCCGACGGCAGCUCCGACGGCAGCGACUGCUCGGGGAGGGCGCGGGCGAUGACGGAGAACCCCAAGGACGCGUGGGGCGGCAGCAUGUGGGCGCUGCGGCGGUGCCACCUCCAGGACUGGCGGCUGCGGGCCACCGCCCAGGAUCGGGGCUCCUCGCGGGCGCCUCCGGCUGGCUCGCCGCCCGCUGAGCCCGGGCGGGCGCGCGCGCGCGGAGGCGGGUGCCAGCGCGCCGGUUCGGCGCGGACGACAUGGGUACGGAAAGAAGGGGUACAAUGCCGCGCGGAGCAGAUCCUGUUCAUUUUGAACAGGACUCGCUGUCCGCGCCGCCGCGGCCUGUGCCGAAUAAUGCGUUUCGGAACGGCGCGCUCGAAGGCGCAGCUGUUGCUGCGGCGCGGCUGCGCAGGGUGA